UUUGUCUUCCAACCAAAGGAAAUCGCGCUUGUGAAAAGAGAGGUGGAGAGUGAAAGAGAGCAGAGAGGGAGAGGAAAGUUGGGCUGCUCGAGCUCUCCCGGAUUUCCACCUGACUGCUCGGGAAGCGGGAUACUGGGACAGGCAAAAUGUUGAGUUUGGGGAGCGGAGGAGCGAAGUCUACGAAACCGUCAUUUGUGUCUUAUGUUACACCCGAGGAAAUAAAAUUGGACAAAGACCCGCCAAAGAAAGAGAAACAUCCUGAUUUGCUACCAGGUGAAGUGGAGUUCUGUAGCGCCAACCCCAUUCUCAAAUACACUCAAGAUGAUCUGUCCCAGCGUGGCGUCUUUGGCACAUUGUUCUGCACCAAUUUUCGUGUUACCUUCAUUAGUGAUGAGACAUCACAAGAGGAGACGCCCAAGACCUUUAAGAAUAAGCUCUAUGGAGAAAAUGACAUUCCAUUAAUGUGUGUUGAUCACAUCUAUGGUGUUUAUGACGAAAAGAGAAAACUGUUAACAGGAGGCCUUGUCAGGAACAAGUACCCGUCCAAAAUGAUCAUUCACUGUAAAGACCUGAGGGUCUUUCAGUUCUGUCUAACAUUCACCAAGGAGGAAGAUGCCAAAAAGAUCUUUCAGGGAGUUGCUCACCACUGUUUAGAGGAGAAAUCUCUCAAGUGUGUCUUUGCUUUUUCCUAUAUGGGAACACCAAGCCCAGAAAUGCAGAGGAAACAGGAGACCAUUAUGUUUGACUCACCAGAGGACUGGACCCAGGAAAUGAAACGGAUGAAGGCGAACUGUAGAUUAGUUACUGAAAACGAGAACUUUGAACUCUCACAAAGGUUGCCGAAGUACUUUGUCAUCCCAUCAGCACUAGCGGAUAUAUUCAGCUACCAAGGAAAGGGCUUACCAAUCUGGUGUUGGUCUCAUCACAGCGGCUGUGCUCUCUUCAAAGCAUCUUUCCCACCUAUGGCACAAGAAGAUGGAGAUUUCCAAAAGCACUUUGACACAAUGAUAAAUGCAGUUGCACAUAAUUACCUUUACUCUGUAAAAACAGAGGACCUCUCAGAAUCACUUCCUACCAUCCAAGACAUCCAGCAGUCAUAUAACAAGUUCAAACAAUUCUUUCUUAUUGAAAACUCAACUGAGUUUUGGUUGUCAGAUGUGAAAUGGUUCUCUUCCCUUGAAAGCUCAGGAUGGCUAGACAUUAUUAGACAAUGUCUCCAAAAAGCAGUAGAGGUGGUUGAAUGCCUUGAAAAGGACAACACAAAUGUUCUUAUAACAGAGGAAGAGGGAACAGAUCUGUGCUGUGUAAUCUCCAGUCUGGCUCAGAUAAUGCUGGACCCUUAUUACAGAACACUGAUGGGUUUUCAGAGUCUAGUGCAGAAGGAGUGGGUGGCUGGUUGCCAUGCCUUCCUGGAUCGAUGCAAUCACCUCCAUCAGAAAGACAAGGAGUGUCAUUCUCCAGUAUUUCUCCUGUUCCUGGAGUGCGUGUGGCAGCUUGUUCAGCAGCACAGUCCGGCCUUCCAGUUCUCCGAGACGUACCUGACUGUGCUGUCUGACAGUGUUCAUGUGCCAAUCUUUGGCACCUUUCUGUUCAACUCUGCCCAUCACAGAGAAAGUGUUUUGAAGGCAGAGUCACCGCUUGCACAAAGCGGCCCAUUGAGCUGCCCUACAGUGUGGGACUGGUCUGUGCAGUUUGACAGCAAAGCCCAGAAUUUCUUCUUUAACCCCCUGUAUUCAGAAAAGGUGAAACACGAGAAAGUUGUACGCAGACCUCACAAGCUCAAGCACCAAAGACAGUUAUCCUUACCAAGUACAGCUUUCAAAACCCCAACGAAGAAGGGUUUCUUUAAGGAUGAGACCGACAGCCUUAAAAAGAUGCUACGGGUGAAACGUAUCAGUCGCUGGAUGGGCUCUCCCGACUCCCCCGGUGCCGCCACCACCCGAGAGUUCUACGAGUCCUGGCAACAGCGUCCUCUGGACUAUCAUGGCCUCCUGCUCCCCUGUCUGGAUGGACCGUCUGUCCGCGUCUGGAUGCAGCGUUACCUGCGCUGGAUACCUGAAGUGCACAUCCUAGGCGGAGGCUCUGUGGCCGUCAUGACCAAGCUAAUGGAACUUCUAAGUCAGGUGCAGGAUCUGAAGCGCGUGCUGGAGCAAAAAGACUCAUCGCAAGCAGCUAAACUUGAUCACCGUCCAUACAUUCACCAGCGGCUGCUCUCGUUCGCCUCCUCAGGACGAUUGUCAUCGUCAUUCCCCUUCGCUCACAACCGCAACCGAUCAUUCAAGCCCAUCAUUCCUACAGGUCUAAUGCAAAGCCUUAUGGUAACUGACAGCCUAGCCAGUCAGGAAGAUGAGGCCAGUUCGUUUGAGAGUUUGGUUUAAUAUGUAGUCUUUUUUCACCCAUACACUACCGGUCAAAAGUUUGUGAACUGUAAAGAAGUCUCUUCUGCUCACCAAGCCUGCAUUUAUUUGAUCUAAAGUACUGCAAAAACAUUAAAAUUUUGAAAUAUGUUUACUAUUUAAAGUAACUCUUUUCUAUUUUAAUACAUUUUAAAAUGUAAUUUAUUCCUGUAAUUUCAAAGCUGAAUUUUUAGCAGCAUUACUCCAGUCAUAUGAUCCUUCAGAAAUCAUUCUAAUAUUCUGAUUCACUGGUCAAAAAACAUUUUUUAUUAUUAUGAUUAUUUUCAUUAUUUUGUUGAAAACAGCUGAGUAGACCUUUUUCAGGUUUUUUUGAUAAAUAGAAAGUUCAGAAGAACAGCAUUUAUCUAAAAUGGAUAUCUUUUGUUAAAGUGUCUUUAUCAAAAAUAAAUAAAUAAAUAAUACUGACUCCAAGCUUUUGAAUAGUAUAAUGUAUAAUAUUACCAAAAGCUUUUUAUUUCAGACAAAUGAUGAUUUUUGGAUUUUUUUUUCUAUUCAUCCAAGAAUCCUGAAAAAAUUACUCAACUUUUAAAUAUUGAUUAUAAUAAUUAAAAAUGUUUACUGAACAGCAAAUCAGCAUAUUAAAAUGAUUUCUGAAAGAUCAUGUGACAGUGAAGACUGGAGUAAUGAUACAGAAAAUUUAGCUUUGAUCACAGGAAUAAAUUACA